AUGGCGAUCAUCCCCGAAUGUCAAAAUUUUGGUACUGACGCUUUUAAAAGUCAUAAAACUGAAGUUACUAUUUAUAUAAGACAAGUAGAAUAUAUUUUCAGCGAUGGCAGAUUCAGCAAGUGAAUCUGAUUCAAGUAGUAUUGAUGGUGGUCCGAUUAUGAUGCCACCCAGCCCAAUUUCACGUGAACAGAUGCAAAAACGAAUUGAAAGUCUUCAACAACAAAAUAGAGUUCUAAAAGUGGAAUUAGAAACAUAUAAACUUCGUGUUAAGGCAUUACAAGAAGAAAACCGUGGCUUACGUCAAGCUUCUGUAAUUAUUCAAGCAAAAGCAGAACAAGAAGAAGAAUUUAUAUCAAACACAUUGCUUAAGAAAAUACAAGCGUUGAAAAAAGAGAAAGAAACAUUAGCUCAUCACUAUGAAAGAGAAGAAGAAUGCCUUACAAACGACCUAAGCAGAAAAUUAAAUCAAUUACGUCAGGAAAAAUGCAGAUUAGAACAAACUUUGGAACAAGAACAAGAAUGUUUAGUAAAUAAACUAAUGCGAAAAAUUGAAAAACUAGAAGCUGAAACUUUAGCAAAACAAACAAAUUUGGAACAAUUGAGGAGAGAAAAGGUUGAAUUGGAAAAUACUUUGGAGCAAGAACAAGAAGCAUUAGUCAACAAAUUAUGGAAACGUAUGGAUAAAUUAGAAGCUGAAAAGAGGAUGUUACAAAUAAAAUUAGAUCAACCUAUAUCCGAUCCAGCUAGUCCUCGGGAUAUUAACAAUGGUGAUACAGCUGCAAAUUUGAGUGGACAUAUUCAGACGUUAAGACAAGAAGUUGCAAGACUUCGGCAUGGGUUAGCUAGUUCACAACAAGAACAUUCACAAAGAAUGCAACGUAUUGCUACUGAAGAACGACACAUUCGCGAAGAAAAUUUGCGUUUACAGCGUAAACUUCAAUUAGAGGUCGAAAGACGAGAAGCUUUAUGCCGACAACUUUCUGAAAGUGAAAGUAGCUUAGAAAUGGAAGAAGAACGUCAUUAUAAUGAACAAGUACUAGGCGGUGUUCGGCAAAGGACAUUAUCAAGUCCGCAUCCAUCGCCAAGCGUUUCAAGACCAUUAAGUCCUGGCAUGAAUUUAAUGACACCAGUUAGCCGCGAAUCAUUAACCAGUAGAUGCCAAUUAUGUGGUCAAUCUGUACCAGGUGGACUUCCAUUAACUCCUGCACCUGUUGUUGCUCCAGCCGUUUUACCCGGAAGCUUACAGUGUAGUCCUCCUACGCCAUCAGUACGCCGCACAAGUGAGCGAUUUAUUAAACCAGCUGUUCCUAUGGUUGGAGGCUCACAAGCUCCAGUAGCAAUGAAUGUAGGACCUGGAGGAGCUGCACCACUUGUGCCUCAACAACCUGCUAGCCCUAUGGAUACUUCCGUUAUUAAGGACUGAAUUCAGAUCACAUAAUUAACUACAAAUAAUUUUUGAAACUGCAGUCAGAACCACCAUAUAUUGUGAAUGUAUACUGUUACUAUGUUAUUAUUGCAUCUUAAAUAAUAAAUUUACUAAGCUACUUCUUAAAAAUAUAGGUCUACAUUU